AUGGCGUCCUCUCCUAAUGAUCAACCCCGUCAGCAGCACAUUGUCAUUGUUGGGGGUGGCGCAGCAGGCAUGUCCUGUGCUGCGACGUUGGCAAAUCACCCCGAGAAAUUCAAAGUCACGCUCCUCGAAAAGAACAGCGUCGUAGGAGGCCAAGCGACGUCCAUCCCGCUCGACGAGGGCAAAUUCGGCGCAUCAUGGAUGAAUAACGGCGUUCAGGGAGGAUCUCAGAUCUUCAAACACACCUUCAACUUCUUCAACGCCCACUCCUCCCCCGCCCGUCCCCUCAACCUCCAAGUCUCCUUCGGCAAAGGCCCCUCCGGCUUCUGGACAAACUGCUUCCCCAGCAAGCUCGUCGCCGCGCACGCCUCCGACAUCAAACGCUUCGGCCUCUUCCUCAAGGUCAUCAAAUGGACCAUGCCCGUCUUCGGCCUGUUCCCCAUCUCCGUCAUGCUGCGCCUCUUCUUUUUCAGCAAGGAUUUUGGCGACAAGAUGGUGUACCCGCUCAUUGCGUUGUUUCUCGGCACGGGCAACCAGACGGCGAAUGUGCCCGCGGCGAUUGUUGAGAGGCUGUUUAACGAUCCGAAUAUGAAGCUGUGGGACUAUGACAAGGAGACGUUGUUGCCGAAUCAGCCGACCAUGUACUCUUUUGACUGCCUACACGACUUUUAUGGCAAAUGGAAGGAUAGUCUUGUUGCAAAGGGCGUUGAUAUCAGGACAGACACCGAGGUUCAUCGCGUGCUCUCCCGGUCCAGCCAAGGCGUCGACUUGGCCAUCAAGAACAACAACGCCGACGACAUCACAAACGAACACUUUGACCACCUCGUCAUGUGUGUCCUCGCAGAUGACGCCCUCAAGAUUCUCGCGGACACAGCAACCGGCCGCGAGAAGCGUGUCCUCGGCAGCGCAGCCUUUUACGACGACCUCACCGUUACGCACUCCGACUCAGCCUACUUCAACCGGCAAUACGAAACAAGCUUCAAAUCCGAGCUCUGCGCAGAGCCAAAGUCCGAAGAGCAGUGCCACCAGAUUGCCACCGCCAAGGGGGAAUCAGUCUCUUCAUCGUCGUCGUCGUCGCCUUCAGACAGUUCCGAGCAGUUCAACCCCAUGUACUACACUUACACGUAUCAGCAUGACCCGCGAUUGAUAGAAAUGUCUUUCAACUGCAGCAACUACCAGCACCAGUUCAAGAAAGAAGCUUCUUCUGAGUCUGAAGCGCAACCCGAGCCGGUCUACCAGACAAUCUUCCUCGACAAGCGGAAGAGCGACCUCUGGACGGUCGACGGCAUUGACGAGAACAAAAUCAUCAAGCGGAACUGGUGGCAUCAGCUGGGCCACCGUUGGCAGCAUUACUUGCAAGUCGUGCCGUGCAUGAUGUUUCUGCAAGGACGUAACAAUACAUUUUUCGCUGGAUCGUGGACACUGGUGAACAUGCACGAAGUCGCCUGCAUCAGCGGCAUCGCAGCCGCCUAUCGCCUCGGCGCAGACUACACCAAAUUCGAUGACUUUGCCCAAGACUUCUUUGCAAAGUACCUACUGCUUUCUCACGGUAAAUUCUUUUCGCGAGAGGAAAAGAAAAGGAAGAAAGGGAAAACAGUUUAA